AUAUACAUCGAGUUACUUGGUAAGGAGGAUCAACCAGACACUGUUCCACAGAAGAUUUAUCUAAAAUUGCGCCAUCUCAGUGGCUCGUUCUUCCGCGUACCUGCCGACAAAUCUGAGGAAAAUCUCAUCAAGCAAUACUACCAGCCCGUGGCUUCAUACAGGACCAUCAAGUUUAAUAGGUUUACGCUGAGUGACGUGAAGGAAUGCAAGAAAAGGAAAGACAAGAACACAGGUGAAAAAUGGCAUUUAAAUUAAAUGUCAGGAUAUUUAUCUCACUAUAAGUAGUUGGCGGUAUAAGGGGAGGUGGAUUAUGAUCGACGUUCGGUAGUGGUGCAUCAGUUAUUUGGUGAACAUGCGAAUUUUACAUGUACGUCAAUUUAAGCGACAUGAAGCUGAGCUAAUUUUAAUAGUUAUAUUAUUUUAGUGUAUACACUCUCAGAAUUAUUAACACCAAGACGAUUACUUUUUUUCCUGCCAGAAUCAUAUUGUGUUACCGAGGAUGACUCUCGCUGGGUAGCAAUGUGUAAUCACGUCUUUAACAAGCGAGGAAGUCACAAUAAAGACGCUUUGCUGGGGAUGGAGGAAUGCCAAAGCCCGUUUGGUAUUUACGAGCUGAAGAUACCAGUGGACAAAGAUCUGGCGUGUGAUGCAAAUAGAUUUACAACCACGAACUGCAAAGAUCUUGAUGUUAGUAGCUUCCUUAGCCAUAGUAUUUUGACAUUCCACAAUGUAUAUUAUAGCGCGCUCAGGUUUUAAUUAUAACUCAGCUUUUUCAUAGGAAGCCGCAAACUGCAAAAUGUAGUCCUUCACUUUCAUAUCCUUAGAAACAUACAUGUAUUGAUUCGAGUUCAAAUCACUCACUAAAGCGGGCAUAGCAACCUGUCGUUUGCCUUUAACUGCAAGGAGGAGGGCGUAGAGGAAGGGGAUGGGUGGGAGUGGGGCGUGAGUUGACAAAAACUUCGCACUUGCCCUUGACCGCCUGAAAAAGAAAGAAAAAAAGAAAUGAAAUACAGUCAGGUCUUUCUAGGAAGGACGCCUUCAGGACCGGCCCGUGCUGUCCGUCUUAGAAAUUCGCAAUUAAUACACAUCUGUUUUACUUAUGCAAAACGGCUAGAAAUGUAACAUAGUAACAGAAAAGUGGAAUUAUUUUCUUAUUGUGCAAUCAAAUGUCAGUACAAGCAAACGUCCACGGCUUCGUCUAAAAGCGUAACAGUUAAAACUCUAUAAAUUGGACAAAACUAGGAAAUAUUUAAAAAAAAUGCACCUGCAGCUCCGUUUUGAGGUAUCUUUCCCUGCAUAAAGCACUUCUCAAGUGUCCUUUGUCCGUCUUAUAAAACGGCAGGGACCAACACCAGGUGUCCGUCAGAUAGAGGGGUGCGCAAGGAGAAAGUUGACUGUAUAACGUCUUUUCUUCAGGCUAUUGUAUUCCUUCCUUUUAUCCCACCCAAACAAAUUCGACCCUUUUCCCGCGCCACUGUAGCUCUAAUUUGGAAAGAGCGAUUGGAAUACUUGGAGCUUUUAAGAACUGUGAUCUCGUUUGUAACUUUCGGAAUUAUUAUCAUUGAAUCCGCUUUGUUUAGCAAGAAAACUUCAUCUUAAAUUCUGUUUGCUUUCACAGCUGACCAAGUUCACCCAAAUGAAUGUAUGGACCCGUAACUUGUUCUGGGAUGGAGAAUAUCCCAAAGCCCCAGACGAUAUCAUGUGUCGCAAGAGCCAGCAAAGAAAAAGUAAUGAGACUACC